GGAGCGAGUGAGGGGAGGGGUGAGGGAAAGGCCGCGCGUUCCGUGAGGGGAAGCUCUCGCUAGCUCGGCUCGGGCCGCGGAGGCUGCGGAGGGGGAAGACUCGCCACGGGAGACCGAGGCCGAAGAGGAGGCCGAGGAGGAAGAGCGCCUUGAGCGAGCGGGCCGGGCCUUUCCAGGCUUCGGCUGAAGGCCGGUCACGGUGGCCGAGCUGGAGGAGGCCGGGCCCCGCCCCGCCCCCAUCCCCCCACCGGUGGCGGCGGCGGCGGCAGCGGGGGCCCAACCCUCGCCCUUGUUGGCCGCCUCCGCCGCGGGGCCCAUGGAGGGCCUGCCCGUGGAAGUGCGGGGCUCCAACGGGGCCUUCUACAAGGGUUUUGUUAAAGAUGUACACGAAGAUUCGAUCACAAUAUCCUUCGAGAACAACUGGCAACCGGAACGUCAAAUUCCCUUUGGGGACGUGCGGCUGCCCCCACCCCCGGAUUACAGUAAAGAAAUCUCCGAAGGGGACGAGGUGGAGGUGUAUUCCCGCGCCAACGAGCACGAACCCUGCGGCUGGUGGCUGGCCAGAGUCCGGAUGAUGAAAGGGGACUUCUAUGUCAUAGAAUACGCGGCUUGCGAUGCCAUUUACAACGAAAUCGUUACCUUGGAGCGAUUGCGGCCCGUCAACCCCAGCCAAGUGGCCGCCAAGGGCAGCUUCUUCAAGUUCACCAUCGCCGUCCCGGAAGAUCUCAAGGAAGCGUGAGUGUCCUCGACCGG